AGAGGAAAAGACAGUUGGGCGGAAAUAGGCAAGCGGAUGCCCUCCCCUUGAAGGCUUCAAACUUCAAAGCAAUCAUCAUCUGCCUUUCCUUCUCCUAAAGCCCACUAAGCAAUUUCCUCGGUGUUUCCUCCCUGCACCUAACUUGUUUUCUGAAAGCACGCAAAACACUUUCGAUUCCUUCGUAUUCCUCUUUCUUUUAAAUGCUUGAACAUAUAUAUAUGUCUGAAAGAAGUUUCCGGCGACGAAUUCCUUCCAUCAGACGGAGAACCAGACCCCCUCACCCACCCCCUUCGCCGCAUCGGCGAACUUUGACUCAUCGGCGAUUGAAGAAACCGUCGAAGCCCGUUGCAGUUCUGCACAGGUGCUCCUCCGAGCCUAUUCUUUGGACCGUCAGCUUCUUCGUCGACGGAGACGAUAAUCGGAAUCUGGAGUCCGAUGGCGUGCUCUUCCGUCCCCAGACGUGUACGGACGUGUUGGCGACGUCGUCGUUUUGCUCUUCGUUCUUGUCCCUCUCGCCGCAAAAUCAGGAGAUUUGGAGUGUGCAGGGUUACAAAAAAGACGCAAAAGUGGUGGUGAAUGUAACCGUCGAAGGGAGUCCAGGACCCAUCCGAACUAUGGUUCAAUUGGGGUCCAGUGUGGAGGACACCAUCCAGCUCGUAAUCGACGAGUAUCGCAAAGAAGGGCGAAGCCCACAGCUCCACAAGGACGCUGCUGCCGCUUUCGAAAUGCAUCACUCCCAUUUCUGCCUCCAAAGCCUGAACAAAUCAGAUGCCAUCGGGGAUGUUGGGAGCAGAAGUUUCUAUCUUAGGAAAAGCAGCAGCAGUGGUAGGAGUAGCAAUGGAGAACAAACCCCAGAAGCGGCUCCGCCUGUUCAGCGUCCUGUUUUUUUUUCCCCGGCCUCCCUGGAUCGAAGGAUCAAAAAAAUUGUAAGAAGAAUGCGAAGGUUUUGGAAGCUCUUGGGUUGCUUGCAUUGCGAAUGAGUUCUUCCCUCCCCCAGCACCAUAAUCCCCAUUGUUAGAGUAACAAUUUUUAUUACUCUAACUUCCAUAAUUUAUACAGAUCCCUAAAGAAAUUUGUAUAGUAGUGGUAUAUUAUUGCCUAUUUUCAUAUUGCAAUCUCUCUGUAAGAUACCUUUUAUAUGGAUUGAAUACUAUUGGCAAAUUGAAAUUAUUCAAA